AUGUCGUCCGCCCCUAGCUGCCGGUCCGGGACAGGACACGACUCACAGCCCUGGACGGCGGCUCGUUGCCAUCGCCUGCUCCGCCAGCUGCAGUCGCGGCUGGCGGGAUUGCGCAAGCUCGCCAUCGAGGAAAAAGCCGUGCCGUCGCGUCAAACCAAACGACCAUGCCCGGCGGGCGACCUGCCACGAGCAUCGAAACGUGUGCGCUUCACCUAUGGACGGAAACGCCCAGAUCCAGCGCCCAGCGCCCAGCCAGGGGACGCGGUCACACCGCCGCGGGCCACGCGCACUCUGGGAGCCAUGGAACUCGGCGUUUCGUCCCCGGUCUGCGGCCUAGUCGACCUUUCCACCCCGGUGUGGCGCAAGAUCUCCGAGCAGCCGGAUACGCCUCACAACACGGAGCCAGGCGCGUUGGAAGUCCUGCAGGUCGGGACGUCCGAGAUCGCCUCGGCGGAUCUCGUGUGCGGCCUGCGCUCCCUUCGCCGAGCGAUUUCCGAAGACCGAUAUCGAAGCUACGAGGCCAUCUUGGGCUGGCUGAAUGGUCUACUACGGUCGACCAUGGCAGAGAAUCAAGACCCCCAUCGAAAAUCGCUCUUGGGCCUUUGUUUGCGAAGGAUGCCGACAUGCAUCGCCAACAUCGAGGCGUAUGAGAGACAGGCGGCUCGCGAACGGGGCUGCCAGACCAUGUGGGACGCAUCGAAUGUCUCCUUCGACCUAUACGAGCAACUCGAAGCCCUCGGGUCCCCCGGCUCGGGCUGGCGUCCCAUGAAGCUGGCCGUACGGGCUCAUGCAAUGGCCUUGCUUACAGAGGCUGUCUCAGACGGGCUACUCGAGCCAGAGUAUGUCUGCCUGCUGGUCCGGCUCUGUCUGCAACUCAACUGCAGGGCAGAAGCCGGCAAGCUGGCUGCCUCAGUCGAGAUGCCGCUGCUGGCGCCACGCAGCUUGCUGAAUGGCCUUACUGAGAGCAGACAGCUUCUGCCGCUGCGCGAGAUGCUGCAGUCGUUCAAGGGUAGAACAACCUCCGCAGUACCGUUGCAGUGGCUAUCGUCACUUUUCAAGCGAGGCCUCUUGCCCAUCGGGGUCCUCGGUUGCCGCAUUCUUGUCGACGUGCUUGCCACUUCUCGCAAUGGCCAGGCCAGAUGA